AUGGCUUUGUCUAUUUCGAGAAGGUUUUUGCGUUCUUUUGGAUCCUUGUCUCGGUUUGGUCGCUGUGGUGAUUCUUCUAGUCUUACUAGUCAAUCAUUUCGAGCUUCUCAUGAUUUGUAUGGACCCGUUUCUGGGGAUUGCUUAUUUUCUGCAGAAUCUUCUAGCUUGAUCAAGGGUGGGGCAUCUUCCCUUUCUUAUCGGAGGCUUUCGACGUCUAACGUGACUUCUGAAUCUACUAAUGAAUCAAUUCCUUCUGGUUUAUUAUCUGCAAAGAAUGUGGUAACGCCACAACAUGAGAUAGGACUUUAUCAGGACCUGGUAAUUCCAGUGACAAAUUUUCAUAAUGAGGACAAGGGCUUAAUGGUUUUGGCUGGGGAUGUUUUUGAUGUCCCUAUCAGGAAGGAUAUUAUUCACCGUGUUGUGCGAUGGCAGCUUGCUAAACGACAACAGGGGACACAUUCAACAAAAACAAUCAGUGAGGUUAGUGGGACUGGCAGAAAGCCAUAUCGUCAAAAGGGCACUGGCCGAGCAAGACACGGCACAUUGCGUGGGCCCCAGUUCAGAGGUGGUGCUGUCAUGCAUGGCCCUAAACCACGAAGUCAUGCUAUUAAAGUAAACAAGAAGGUGAGGCGUUUGGGGUUGAAGAUUGCCUUGUCAGCUCGUGCAGCAGAAGGAAAGCUUCUGGUUUUUGAGGAUUUGGAGGUGCCAACACAUAAAACCAAGAAUAUUGUGAACUAUGUCAAUGAACUGGAGAACGCCAAGAAAUUACUGCUGGUGGAUGGUGGCCCCAUUAAUGAAAAGCUGAAGUUAGCUACUCAGAAUCUACAUUAUGUAAACGUACUGCCAUCGAUUGGUCUAAAUGUGUAUAGCAUCCUGCUGCACGAUACAUUGGUGAUGUCCCGGGAUGCCGUGAACAAAAUUGUCGAGCGGAUGCACACUCCAAUCAAACGAUGA